GUCAUUUUGUAAUUGCACCAAGUCGAACAUGACGUGAACGCAACCAGCGUCACCGCGUUCACUUCAAAUCGAACACGUUUAAGCGUUAUUAGCGUUAUUAACGCUGUCAGCGUCCAAGUAGAAUGUAUCCUAAAUUUUGUCGGCUGUGUCACUAUAUAUUUUUUGAUAGUUUGAAAUAAUCCCACAGAGCCCGAAAGGCAGCACGUGUCAAGCGGUCAAGCGACAACAAGCGGCAAAUAAUAACGCUUAAUUUGUCUUCAAUUUGAUAUUGUUAACAUACUCUGUAAAUAAUUCAUCCGUUACAAUCAUGAGUAAAGCUCAUCCUCCAGAAUUGAAAAAGUAUAUGGACAAGAGGCUGUCGCUCAAAUUAAACGGCGGAAGGCAUGUCAUAGGAAUUCUGAGAGGAUUCGAUCCAUUCAUGAACAUGGUCAUUGACGAAACUGUUGAAGAAUGCAAAGAUGGCACAAAAAACAACAUCGGCAUGGUGGUAAUUCGAGGCAACAGCGUCAUAAUGUUGGAAGCUUUGGAUCGAAUAUAAAACUCAAACCCACAUGUUUUACGCUUGUAAGUUAAUGUAAGGAAAAAAAUAAAUAAUUUCAUAAACAUGCGA